GGAGCGAGUUUUUCACGUAGUACAGAAGUUGUUGUGCAGUAAACAACACCAUGGUUUUCUGUGCUUGCUUCGUCUCCGUCUUUGUUGUAACCCUUGUCAUGCACGGAAACGCGCAACUGGUGUCUGGCCAACAGAAGAACAACCACAAUAUGGGGUACCUGAAAGAUUUCUUCUCUCAAAGAGUACAGCUUGUGCAAAAUAUUAUGCAAGUUAUGGAUGAUGUUCAAACUCUGAAAAACGACGUAUAUCGUCUGGAGGCAGAGAAUGUAAAUCUCAGACAGGAAAUUGCGAACAUGUCUUCGAAAGUCGUGAGAGAAAACGAGAGAACUUUGAUUGCCUUUUACGCGUAUUAUUCGAACCAUUUUAAGUCUCUGAAAAAGGGACAAACCUUCAUCUUCGAUUCCGUGGAGACGAACCUUGGCCAAGGAUAUGAUGAAACAACCGGAAUAUUCACAGCUCCAGCGUCCGGUUUGUAUGCGUUUACUUGGACUCUGACUGCAGCAGGAACACAUAUUGCUGGUUCAUCUGGAAAACAAUAUGGAGAAAUGAAUGGUGUUUUAACGCAGAAUGGAGUAGAAAAGGGUUCGGUUAUCGCUGAUACUGAGAGACAAUAUGAUGCUGAUGCCUCUACUGGUUUUGUUGUGUUAAAUACCAAAGCGGGAGACAAAAUACAGAUUGUCUCUCCAUGGAAUGGACAAGGUUCAAUGUAUAGUAACGAUCAUUUCGGUCGAACUUCAUUUUCUGGAUUUCAAAUCAAUUAAGUUAUUGAGUAUUCACCUUCUGCCAUUGAGUAUUUAAGUGGUAGAGGGUUUAGAGUAUUUCCAUGAUAUAACACACUUAUCAUAUUUAUAGUAUCUACAUACUGUAGAAUUAGUGCAGUGUCCUUGUUCUUUCCAUUAAAUGUCAUCGUCUUCAAAUUUUCUUAAUUUAUGGAGACAAAAACAUUACGAGAAGGAAAACACUCUGCUAUUGUAAGCAAAUAUUGAGUUUCGUUAAGUUAUGCUGAACACAGUGAUAUUUGUUUUCAACGAAAAAAUGAUAAAAAUGCAAUAAUCUUACCACUGUUUACCAUGAUAUUUAUGACUGAGCCACCGUGUUCAAGACCUUGAAUAUCCCUACAUGUAUGUUGUAUGUAAUCGAAAACUUAAAAUAAAUGGCGUAUUCGUGUGA